AUGGUCGGAUCGAUUCCGACAUCCAUUGGCAACUUGAGAGACCUUCAGCGGUUCAACUUGAGUAGCAACAAAUUUACAGGAUUUAUUGGAGAUCACAUAUGUAAAUUGCAGCAUUUGGGUGAUAUUUACUUUGGUCAAAAUCAAUUUUCAGGGUCUCUUCCUUAUUGUUUCGGGAAUAUUACUUCCCUUAGGGAGAACCUUCAGGAUCUGGUGGUUCUGGAAUUAUCGUCAAACAACAUGGUAGGUUCUUUACCUCAAGAAAUUGGAAAUCUAAAGGCUGUAACAAAGAUGGAUCUGUCGAUGAAUCAAUUCUCAAAUGAAAUUCAGAGAGAAAUUGGAGGCUUGCAAACUUUGGCGUACCUUUCUUUGAGACACAACAAGUUGCAAGGAGCUAUACCUGACUCAAUGAGCAACAUGGUAGUUGUAUUUGUUCCUUUAACCUUUGUGCUCCUAUGGAUAAUGUAUAGAAGUGGUAAAAGUGCUCCUCAGCAAGCUGAUUCAUUGUCUACCGUAGCAAGAGAAAGGAUUUCAUACUAUGAACUUCUCCGAGCAACUAAUGUGCUUAGUGGGAGUAAUCUGGUUGGUUCCGGAAGUUUUGGCUCAGUUUACAAAGGCGUUCUCAGAAGUGGAACUUUCAUUGAAGUUAAAGUGUUCAACCUGCAACUGGAUGUGGCAUUCAAGAGUUUUGAUACGGAAUGUGAAGUUUUUCGUAGCCUUCGCCAUAGGAAUCUUGUAAAAGUCAUUACUAGUUGUUCUAAUCUUGAUUUCAAGGCUUUAGUUCUCGAGUAUAUGCCUAAUGGGAGCCUUGAGAAAUAUUUGUAUUCGCACAAUGACUUCCUCGACAUCAGGCAGAGACUAAGCAUAAUGAUAGAUGUGGCAUGUGCUUUGGAAUAUCUUCACCAUGGAUGCUCGUCGCCUGUGAUCCACUGUGAUCUGAAGCCUAGUAACGUCUUGCUGGAUGAGGAUAUGGUUGCCCACUUCAGCGACUUUGGCAUUUCAAAACUGCUUGGUGAAGAUCAGGGUGAUUUGUACACUAAAACCUUAGCAACACUGGGUUAUAUUGCACCGGAGUAUGGACUGAAUGGACUAGUGUCAACAAAGUGUGACGUAUACAGUUACGGGAUCAUGUUGCUGGAAACGUUUACUAGGAGAUCUUAG